CAAAAACAAAAAAUAAAUACAAUAGUAGCACAAAAUGGCUAAGGCUAGAGCAAUUUCUUCUUCCACAACGACACUAGCCAUUGUUCUUCUCUGCAUGACCCUGGUCGGUCAGUCUUAUGGUCAGCUGAAGCAAGGGUUCUACAAUGGAAAAUGUUCGACAAACGUCGAGAGUGUUAUUUUCGAGAUAGUUUAUAAAGCAUUCCAAAAUGAUAGAACCCUUGUUGCUGCUCUUCUCCGAAUGCAGUUUCAUGAUUGUGCUAUUAGAGGAUGUGAUGCUUCCAUUUUGUUGGAUGGAAGUGGCUCAGAGAAAGUUGCACCCUCAAACGGCAGCGUUAGAGGUUAUGAGCUUAUCGAUGCUAUCAAGACAAGAUUGGAGCAAUUGUGUCCAGGACUUGUCUCUUGCGCGGAUAUCAUCGCCAUUGCAACCAGAGUUGCAGUUGUCUUGGCUGAAGGAAAGUGGUACGAAGUUGAAACCGGAAGAAGAGAUGGAUUCACUUCAAGUGCAUCAGAAGCCGAAAAUGGGCUUCCUAAAACCAACAUCCCAGUUUGGGCUGCAGUCAAACUAUUCGGAAGCUGGGGAUUGAGUGCUGAUGAUUUCGUCCUCCUCUUGGGUGGAGGUCACACCGUUGGAGUUAUUCACUGUAGCAAAUUCCUAGACAGGCUGUACAAUUACCAGAACACUGGUAAAGAAGACCCAUCCAUAAACAAAAACACCCUAAUUGCCUUCAGAAACACAUGCCCUAAAUCUGGAUCCAACAACUUUGUUUUCGCCGACCAAACUCCAGGAAGUGUAUUGAAGGUUGACAAUGGUUACUACAAGGCAAUUAAGCAAGGCCAAGGUGUACUUGAAAUUGAUCAACGUAUUGAAAGCGACUCAAUUACCAGGGAUACUGUAAAUAGGCUGGCUUAUAAGGAAGGGGACUUUGACUACCAAUUUGGUGGUGCUAUGGUCAGGCUUGGUAGAGUUGGAGUCCUUACUGGCACCCAAGGCCAAGUCAGGAGGAAUUGCCGCCGUAACAAUUAAUAACUUACACCUUCCUUAAAUUUGAAGGCUUAACUAUUACUAGUCGAUGUUAGUUCGAUUAUUAUUGGAUAUUAAGCACUCAUGCACUAGUACUAUUCUUAAUGAUUUCAUUUCUUCAAAUGUCUUUAAUUUAACAUGUAUUUUCUGUAAUAUUUGAAUUACAUAUUUGUAAGUUCAAACAACGCUAUGCUUGUUUAAACAAAUGGUUAACAGCCUACUACAUUGAAAGUUAUAUCCGAACGUUUUCUACGUUACUUAAAGAAUUUGAAGGCUCAAGUUGUUUGG